CACAGAUUCUGUUCCCAACAAUUGACACCAACUGUAUUCGCUAUAGACGUCUCCUGCAAGCCCAUCAUUCCUCACUUCAGUGGCCGCUACAUCCAGAUUUGAAUGAUCAGGCAACAUGGACGCUUUCCACGCUUAUACCUAUGGGACGGCAGGCUGGUUGGGAAUCCAGGCCGUGCCACUCAUAGUCAUGCCAAAGCUGAUUAUCACACUGCUGGCCAGCACUGAUAUGCACCAUACAACAGAUAUUGAGAUCUACUUUGGUCGCUCGCUGGGACUGGCCCUUGUACUGAUUGCCCUAAUCGUCAUGUUCUUUACGGGAUCAAUGCCACUAUCAUCAAGUAUCAGUGAGCCUGUUAGUCUAGAAGACAACGACCCCAAAGCGCCCUAUGCCCUGCCGAUCUUACGGAUCACGACGUUCUUCCAUGGAUUGAGCAUGGUAUACUGCUACAUACGUUGGGUCAACUAUCGCCAGACUGCGUACUUGCUUGGAGCUAUUGGGUACGGGGCCAUGGCCAGUUUUGGUUUGUGGUGCAUUAUAUUCGGGACGUCGCCUGGGAGGAUGUCGAAGCGGACAGGUGCCGAUAAACGCAUGACAGGCUUCCCAUUCAAGAACGCGAGUGCAUACAACAAGAAGAAAGACAGGAAGCUGGGUUGAUGGUCUUGCAGCCGUUUUUACCCUCAGCUUUCAGAGGUGUAGAGUGGUUUCAAGUAGUGUUGGUGGGGGCUUCUGGGACUCUGUGAAGAAGACAUGCAUCGAUAGCAUACAGCUUGAAACAAUUCUUUG